AUGUCGAUUAUCACAGGGACUCGCUUUACCGAAAAACUCAAAGCCUCCUCGGGCGAGCAGUGGAACCGCGUGGUUACGCACAGAUUUACAAAGGAACUUGCCGCAGGGACAAUCGAUCGGGAAGUGCUGAAAAAGUAUCUAGUCCAAGACCAUCGUUUUCUCGACGAUUUCGUUGUUCUCUUGGCGUCGAUCGUGGCCAACGCUCGCAGCCUAAGCGAUCGCAUCCCGGCCUGUCAAUUUCUUGCCCUCAUUACAGCAAAAGAAAACACGUAUUUUGAAAGAUGCUUUGAAAGCAUGAACUGUUCCUCAGAAGAACGGAAAACGAUUCCCGACGCUGCGUGUACGACCGGAUUUUGCAAUCUUAUGCGGCAGGUCGCCCAAAACGGCACUCUGGGCGAAAUGCUGUCGGUGAUCGUGGUAUGCGAAUGGACAUAUAUGUCGUGGGCAGACUUGGUGAAGGAUGUGACUGUUCGUGAGGACUUCACUACUUAUGAGUGGGUGGACUUGCAUUCCGGUCCUGAAUUUGAAGGGGUUGUAUCGGAAUAUGAUUGA